GCACAUAGUCAACACGUGGGCCCAAGCAGCCGCCGGCGCAAACACAAUGGACGCUGACGACUCUGACGAGGGCUUGGCUUACUUAAGCUGCAAAUUCAGUCACUAUUUCUGAGUUUCUCUAAAGAGGACAAUACUAAGGUAACUGCGGCAACACUGCAUGUUUUGGGGACGUGGGAGGAAACCGCAGUACCCGAAGAAACCCCACACAGGCACUGGAAGAACAUGCAGACUCUACGAAGGCAGGGCCGGGAUUUGAACCCCGGUCCUCAGAACUGUGAGGCAGAUGUGUUCACCAGUCGCCCAGCGUGCCACCCAGGUAGAUAUAAAUGCCAUGAAAUAAAAGCUGGAAUUCUGAACUCUUGUCUGAUCUGAAGCCCAAAUGUCCAGUAUACAACCAAAACAAAUAAAUGGACCUUGUCAUUCCAAUACAAAAGAUGUUGUUUUAAGGAAAACGUGUGUGUGAGUUCGCGUUCAGUCUUCUUUUGCCAUUUAAAGCUAAGUACGGCAUUACACGGUGUCGCUCUCGUGCUUAGCUUGGUGUAAUAUCACAAAACACACCGUACUAUCGCUCAAAACCGAGUUCAUAGUCCAACAAAAUCUCCCAUGUUGUCGUCCACACAAGACCACACGUAGUCGUGGCGUCACCCGGGCAUUAAAGCUUUCUACAAAGACACGUUUAAUUGCCGAAAUAUAGCAGACAUUCCGCAAACAUUUUCACUGAGCAGAGGGAGCCGGAUUCUCGUACUGUAUCACGUUUCCACAAGCAUCCUGCUGCCCCCCGCCGGACACAAUGCAGUAAAGACCCGGUUAAAAAAAAAAAAGGCGAGCCUUCGGGGGUGGGAGCAUUGUCGUUGGGUUUUUUUUUUCCACUGCUUGUCCGCAUCAGUUUGUGUUUGGCUCGGCGUGUCACCACUUAUCCAAUCAGAUUUCGUUUUCGGCUCGGUGAGCCAUGCUGAGAUGUCACCGUAGCCAAUCGCCUUUCGAAACGGAAUUGAGUUGGGCGGGGCUAAACGCAGAAAUUCAUGUGUUGUCAUUCUGGUGCGGUGGUGUGUGAGUAUUAUGUAUCUUGAGCGGACUAAUCUACAACAUAAUGCGACUCUAGCGGAAAUUAUCCGUGUUCCCCCCCCCCCUCUUCGCACUAGAGGCUCGUGGAACCUUAUUCUGUCAAAAAGUACCGAACUAAACCCACCAAGUACCGGCGAAUCCCUACGAAUAGAGCUUUCAGGCUAACCCGUUAGCCAUGGAGGAACGGAAGGAGGAGGGAGAAGCCGAGAUCCAGGAGCACGGCCCAGAGCACUGGUUCUCCAAGUGGGAGCGCCAGUGCCUGGCCGCCGCCGAGCAGAGCGAGCCCCUGGGCGACGAGGAGACGGAGCAGAACCAACAGAAGCUGUGGCACCUCUUCCAGAACUCGGCCACAGCGGUGGCACAGCUCUACAAAGACAGAGAAUGCCAGCAGCAAGGCCUUUCCCUCUGGGUGCCCUUCCAGAAUGCAGCCACAGCCGUCACUAACAUGUACAAAGAGAGCAUGGAGGCCCGCCAGCGCAGCUACGACCUGGGGUUCCAGAUCGGCUACCAGCGCAGGAACAAGGAGGUGAUGGCCUGGGUGAAGAAGCGGCGGAGAACAAUCCGGCGCGAAGAUCUCAUCAGCUUCCUGUGCGGCAAAAACCCCCCUCCCAGGGCAGCCCGGGCCCCGCCCCGGGGAGCCAUGGUGGCCGCCAGCCGGCCACCUCCGCCCGAGACAGGCAGCUCCGUGGAGACGGACCUACAGCCCUUCAGAGAGGCCAUAGCCCUGCACGGUCUCAGCGGUGCCAUGGCGAGCAUCUCCGUGCGCUCUUCGGGCCCGCCGCCCGGCUCGCCCACUCACCCGGCGGUGGGGCCUCCCCACGGCCGUCGCCGCAACGGCCUUCACGACGUGGACCUAAACACCUUCAUAGCCGAGGAGAUGGCCCUCCACCUGGAUUCGGCCGCCAACCGCAAGCGGGGCGCCGCCCCCUGCGGAGAUGUCAUCACGGACUCCCCUACGCAUAAACGCAACCGGAUGCUCUGAGCGCCCCUCUCCCCCCCAAAACCGGCCGAUGAGAACUGAAACUCGGACGUCCUAGCUGCAUUGCUACGUAUAAUUAAAGUAAAAUACUAUACUUUAUUUUGACACGUGCUCCAUUUUCACCUGCCUUUGAGUGCGCGUGUGUCCCAUUACUUUUGGUUACCAAGCAACACAUAUGCACUAUUUAUGUUUACACUCGUGUUUACAUUGGGAAUAACCCAACACAUACACACGUGCCCCCAUUUUUUUUUAGUUCACACAUGCUUUGUGUACAAUCUUUAUGUAAUGUGUGUAAAUAAUAAUAAACACGUAGGUGCUGUUAUUAUAUGUGGUAAAUAUUGUAAAGACAAAAAAGAUAAUGAAACGGGGGCUGUCCAUGUACAAUAAUAACCAAUUAUGACAAUAAAAGAACUACGAGUGUG